AUGCAGACCGAUAAGCUAUUUAUUAGACACUGCAUUCGCUACGAAUUCCACCAAGGAAAAAGUGUUAGGAAAGCGUGUGAAUCGAUAUGUUCUGUUCUUGGAGACAACAUUGUAUCUAAAAGUACAUGUGAGUAUGGGUAUAAGCGAUUCAAAGAAGGUGAUUUCGAGAUUUCGAAGGUGAUUCCAUUUUCUGGUAAAGGAAAACGUUCAGUAAAACUGCUCCAUGACAACGCGCGGCCUCAUGUGGGUAAACCGGUCAAGGAUACGUUACUAGCGCUUGGAUGGGAAGCUGUACCACACCCGGCGUAUUCACCAGACUUAGCCCCAUCCGAUUAUCAUUUAUUCUGGAAAAUCAUAUUAGCAUUAAUAGGUUCAAGUGGCACUUAUUCCAAACGAGCCGUAAGAACAUUCCCUGAGGGAUUUCAAUUUGGUGCUUCUACAGCUGCCUAUCAAAUAGAAGGAGGUUGGAAUGAAGAUGGAAAAGGUCUCUCUAUAUGGGAUGUUGCCACACAUAUGGAACCAUCGCCAGUGCGUGAUGGAAGCUCCGGUGACAUUGCCGCUGACUCUUAUCAUCUUUAUAAACGGGAUGUUGAAAUGAUGAAAGAAAUAGGCUUAGACUACUACCGAUUCUCAGUAUCCUGGGCUAGGAUUCUUCCGUCUGGUUUUUCGAAUGAAAUUAAUCAAGCUGGUAUAAAUUAUUACAAUAAUUUAAUCGACGAAAUGCUUGCGAACGGUAUAUCACCUUUUGUAACACUAUACCAUUCUGAUUUGCCACACAAUCUUCAAAAAUUAGGAGGUUGGGUAAAUCCAAUAAUAGUUGACUAUUUCGCUAAUUACGCUCAAGUUGUGUUUGAUAACUUCGGUGAUCGUGUUAAAUUUUGGAUUACUAUAAAUGAACCAAAACCUGUUUGUUAUGGGGGCUACGGCUCAGCUGAUGCAGCUCCACAGCACAAUAUGAGCGGUGUUGGUGAAUACCUUUGUUCGAAGAAUCUCUUGCUGGCUCACGCCAAAGCUUACAGACUAUAUGAUGAAUACUAUAGAAGCAAACAAAAUGGAUUUAUUGGAAUUUCAAUACAUGGCAUGUGGCACGAACCAGCCACUGAUUCUAUUGAUGAUCAACAAGCCGUGAUAGAUGCGAUGCAAUUCGAUUGGGGCCAAUACGCACAUCCAAUUUUUAGCAAAGAAGGUGACUUCCCUUACGAGCUAAAAAGGAAUGUUGAUACCAAAAGCGCUGAACAAGGUUUUUCACAAUCUCGUUUGCCAAAGCUCUCAGAAUCAGAAAUAGAAUAUAUCAAAGGCACUGCAGAUUUCUUUGGACUCAACACUUACACAAGUAAACUGGCGUACAGAAAUGCUUCAUUGCUAGAAAUGUACCCAGUACCUUCAUAUUACGACGACAUGGGGGCUGUUAUAGUCAGAGACGAUUUGUGGCCGGAAAGUGUUUCGAGCUGGUUGCAGGAAGUACCGUGGGGCUUAACGAAAUUACUUCUCGAAAUAAGUAAGCGGUAUGACAAUCCACCAAUUUAUAUCACAGAGAAUGGCUGGUCGACAUUUGGUGGUCUCGUAGACGACGACAGGAUUCGGUACUUAAGGAACCACCUCGAUGCUGUUUUAGAUGCAAUUGAAGCUGGAAGCAAUGUAAAGUCAUACACGUAUUGGAGUUUGAUGGAUAACUUUGAAUGGCUAAGAGGCUACAGGGAGAAGUUUGGUUUAUACGAAGUGGAUUUCACUAGUCUAAAUCGAACGAGAACUCCAAGAAAAUCUGCAUUUAUUUAUAGAGAAAUCGUAAGAACUAAAACCUUAGACUUUGAUUACGAACCCGAAAAAUUUACGGGAGGAUAA